AUGGGUGAUCUUCAAGUUUGUGACUUUCCUACUGAAAACGGCCAUCAUCAUCAUCACCAUCACCAUCAUGAUCAUGAUCAUCAGCAUCGUCUUCUGGGUUCGGGUCAAGACCCGCUUUCUCCUUCUUCUUCGAAUCCGGAUCCUGGGUCAAUUGGUGAAGAGAAUUGGGAGAGAGCAGAGGAAGUUACAAGAGAGAUUGUUCAUAGAAUACACCCAACUGUAGAAUCCAAUUUCAAGAGGAAACAAGUUAUUGAUUAUGUUCAAGGACUCAUUAAAUCCUCUCUUGGAUCUGAGGUUUUCCCAUAUGGGUCAGUUCCUUUAAAGACGUAUCUCCCUGAUGGGGAUAUUGACCUGACUACCAUUAGCAGUCCUGCCGUUGAGGAUGCUUUGGUCUCGGACGUUCAUGCUGUUCUAAGAAGAGAAGAGCUGAAUGACGACGCUCUGUACGAAGUGAAGGAUGUCCAUUGCAUUGAUGCUGAGAAGUUGACAUUUGCAAUACCACUUAUUGUGCAGGUUGAUCGGCUUGUUGGAAAAACUCACCUCUUCAAACGCAGCAUUAUUCUGAUCAAAGCUUGGUGCUAUUAUGAGAGUCGUAUUCUUGGUGCUCAUCAUGCUAAGCCACCUGAAAAUGGGAGCAGUGAAUUAUUGCUUAGUGAUGAAUUUCUCAAAGAUUGUGUGGAUAGGUUCUCUGUCCCAUCGAGAAAGCCUGAGAUGAAUUCACGUCCUUUUCCCCAGAAGCAUCUUAAUAUAGUUGAUCCAUUGAAGGAAAAUAAUAACCUUGGGCGCAGUGUCAAUAGAGGUAAUUUCUUUCGAAUAAGGAGUGCCUUCAAAUAUGGAGCUCGCAAGCUUGGGCGAAUUCUUUUGCUACCCAGAGAGAGAAUAGCUGAUGAGCUCAAAACAUUCUUUGCAAAUACUUUGGAUAGACAUGGAAGUGAAUAUUGGAGUGAUGUGCAAAAUUCUGAAUUAGCAUCUGGUGCUAGAAGUUCUGAUAACUCAUUAUCACUGUCAUCGCACUCUGAUACAUGCUCUGAAGACGAUAUACGUCUGAAAUCUACUGGUGGCUCUGAUAAUGAUACGUUAUUUUCCGAAAAAUCUGAUCAUGCUCCUCAAUUCCAUCUCCCAGGCUUAUCUGGAGAAAAUGGAAAAAUUAAAAAUGGUGUCUCCUCUGGAGAAAUGCUUACAAAUUUUGGUGCUGAUGAUGAAAUGAGUUGUACUGUCAGGCCAGAACCUAAACAGAACCAUUUUGUUAGUAUUUCAGUCUGUUCAUGUACUAAGCAUGAGGAAAUAGCUUCAUCCGCUUCAACAAUCCCCAUUCCUGCUGAUAGUGUUUCAGAGAACCUGUCACCUACUCUUGGAGGAAAAGACUUUUCUGGGAUUCCUGGAAAUUCCCAAUCUUGGAAAUCCUUGUUGGGCCUCAGAGGGGAUCACAAUGGCCACUUAGAAAGUUUGGCAUAUAGUCAGUAUUGCCAUAUGUAUGCCAUAUCUGCGCCUAUACCACCCUGUCCUUCCAUGUUUCCUCAGUCAGAGGACAAGAAUCGCUGGGAAACUGUUCGACAAUCCCUACAGUUGAAGCGGAAUGGUCAUUCUCAAAUGAACGGCAACCAUGUUCUUGGAACACAGUUCUAUUGUGUUAACCCAGGGGCACCAUUUAGAGUUGCUACCAAUCUUGAAGAAAAGAAGAAACGACGAGGAACAGGAACAUACAUUCCCAACAUGAGUUAUCAAUCAAGUAGGGUGGAUAGGUUGUCCUUGGGAAGAGGAAGGACUCAGGCACUAGCAAAUCAUGGUCAGUUGCAUAAACAAGCCCAUGAAAAUGGUUUGCCUACAACUUUGCAGGAGAAGAAUCUGUCUGAACGUGGCCAUGAUCUUUCAGAGGCAGAGUACCCACAUCUUGUUAAUGGGAAGCCUAUGCCACUAGAUGCUCACCACUCUUACCCUUCCGUAUGGGGAUCUUCCAAUGCCAAUGGUUCCUCCCGUGCAUCACUGAAAACUGAUUUUGGGUCUCAGGGCCUUCAUUAUCUGGAAGGGCCUUUUUUCACAUCAGAUUUAUGCACGCCAUACUCUGGGGCCUCAGCUACAAGCCCUGUCCCAUCAGUGGCCGAUGACCCUGAGUCGAUUUUAGAAAAUGAGCAAGAUAGAGCACAGUUGUACUCACAGCUCAAGACUGCACCAGCCGGGAAUCGAACCCGGGUCUGUACCGUGGCAGGGUACUAUUCUACCACUAGACCACUGAAUGAUGAUAUGACAAAUAAACUCACUUAUUGCUUGAACAAGAUGGAGGCGGCCUUGGUACCUAAACAAGUUGAAGCGCAUGCUCUCGAUGAAACCAAAGCUGAUCAUGGCUAUGCUGAGACUGAUCCUACAGGGCGGUAUGGUCGGUUUGAAGAAGUUCUUGGCAAAGGAGCAAUGAAAACGGUGUACAAGGCAAUAGAUGAAUUUCUGGGAAUAGAGGUGGCAUGGAACCAGGUCAAACUCAAUAAGGUGCUUUGCUCACCAGAUGAUUUGCAGAGGCUUUACUCAGAAGUUCAUCUGCUCAGCACCCUCAGUCAUGACUCUAUCAUCAAAUUUUACACCUCUUGGAUUGAUGUUCGUCGAAAGACCUUUAACUUCAUCACUGAAAUGUUUACUUCAGGAACUCUCAGAGAAUACCGCAAAAAAUAUAACCGUGUGAACAUCCGAGCCAUCAAGAAAUGGGCUCGACAAAUCUUAGAGGGCAUCGUGUAUUUACAUGGCCAUGAUCCUCCGGUAAUUCAUCGAGACCUAAAAUGUGACAAUAUCUUUGUCAAUGGCCAUCUUGGACAGGUCAAGAUUGGUGAUCUAGGCCUUGCAGCAAUUCUCCGGGGUUCGCAAUCAGCACACAGUGUUAUAGGCACUCCAGAGUUCAUGGCGCCAGAACUAUAUGAGGAGGAUUACAAUGAACUAGUUGAUGUCUACUCAUUUGGCAUGUGUGUGUUAGAGAUGCUCACAGCCGAAUACCCUUACAGUGAAUGUUCUAAUCCAGCGCAAAUUUACAAGAAAGUCACAUCGGGGAAGUUGCCGGCAGUUUUCUACCGGAUUCAAGACUUGGAAGCUCAGCGGUUUAUUGGAAAAUGUUUAGUAACUGCUUCAAAGAGAUUGUCCGCGAAAGAGCUGCUGCUCGAUCCGUUUCUUGCAUCUGAUGAAGCUGAACCGUUAAAUGUUCCAAGGUUCAGAAAUCAGAAGCCAUUUUUGAAUGACAGGGAAAUAGAGAAACUGCAACUGAAUGAUCAUCCCCCAAGGACAGACAUGACGAUUACAGGGAAGCUGAACCCUGAAGAUGAUACCAUCUUUCUUAAAGUGCAAAUUGCUAAUGAAGAUGGAACUCCUAGGAACAUAUUUUUUCCUUUCGACAUUUUACAUGAUACACCGAUUGAUGUUGCAAUGGAGAUGGUCAAGGAGCUUGAGAUACAUGACUGGGAACCGUUUGAAAUUGCUGAUAUGAUUGACGGGGCGAUUUCAGCUCUAUUGCCGAAUUGGAAGAAAUGGGACUUACCUCAUUUUGAAUCCCGCCAUAUAUUUGAUUACCGAGAAGAUGAUGGGCAUAACCAUCCUUUCCACUCUUCCUCCUCAUGUUCAUCAUCUCCUGCAUCCCUAUCAGGAUUAAUGCCACAUUUGAUCCAAGAUGAUUUGUUUGAUGAUACCAGCUCUCAAAGCUCUUCACACUCAGGAUCAUAUUCUUGCUUGAACUACGUCUGUGGCGAUGAGCACAAGUUUGAUUUAAGCUCAACAAGGAGAGAUAAACAUCAGAUCACAAGGACUCAAAAUUCAACAAGAUUCUGUCCUCGGGACAAUUCAAAUUCUAAUAUUGGGGAGGUACUUGCUGCAAAUGCCUACAACAACUGCAAGGUUCUGCUGGAAUCACAAAGUAGAACUUCUAGCUCUAAAAGCAAAAGGAUGAUGGACAGUCGUAGAUUAACAAGGAACCGGUCAUUCGUAGAUAUUCGUAGCCAGUUUCUGCACCGAUCGUUGGUGGAAGAAGUGCACAAGAGACGUUUGUCCAAGACAGUAGGAGAUGUAGAACAUGUUGGUUUUCAGGCACCUACUGAGUUCAGACCUUCCUCAGCUGACAGAUCCUCAGCUGUCCUAGGCCUCUCUCAUGAUUUAGUUUCUGGGAGAACUAUAGAGCUUGCUGUCCUGGAUUGGCAAUGGCAAGUCAAGUAUGGAGAUUUUAUACUGUUUACGGCUGUGGACGUUAGUGAUCAAGUCAAUGGUGUUAAUUGUGUCUGA